CGUUAAUAUUGCAGGUUAUGUUUUUGUCAACAUAAAAUAUUUUUAUGAUAAAAAAAUAUUUUUUUAAAAAUUAUUGUCAUUUUCAAUCAAGAUGAGCAUACAGGAGUUGACUAAAUUGAAUACAAGUCUAGCUACUGAAUUUCCAAAUGAGUAUAGAAAUAGAAUUUUGAAAUUGGCAUUUUCUACAUAUCUUCCUACAACCCAAGAUCGCUCAAAAUCUAUUGAUAAUUUCUCAAGAGAUACUGGAAUUGCUAGAGAAGAUAUCUAUGAAGUCUUGGGGAUUUAUAUAAUAUUAUUAAAAACAUUUUUGCAAAGUAGUGAUAAUGAAUUUCAAGAGAGGUUAGUGGAGUUAGGAUUUUCUUCAGAUUUCAUAGAAAAUCUUCCAUUUAUAGGAAAUAGAGAAGAAAUUAUACUCAAUCUUCAAAAAAAUUAUUCUAAAGAUUUUGGAAAACUGUCAUCACUAAAAUGGAGAAUCGAUAUAAGUUUAAGUCAAAGUGUAUUGGCUAAAAGAAUUCCCAAUUUUUUGGUAUUUUCAAUGACAUUAACCAAUGGAAAGAAGUAUAUUAUUGAAAUGGACCCAAGAAUGUUUCAUAAAUUAAGAUUUAACAUCGCAUUAAUUUUGAAUGAAUUAGAUUCUCUUAAAUCCAAUAAAUGACAGUAUAUACAUGUAUAUGAAUAAAAUUAACAUUGUAU